CAACCAAUCAAAGUGACGAUCUAUUUCAACCCACAUGGGAGUUCUGGAGCUAUUUAAUAGCUAGCUAGCUGUGCUGCAACGUCUUUUCACAGUACAGUGCAGCAGAGAUCCAAUUGAUUUGCAACUGCUGCAGCUCCUCUGGCUGAAGUCACAAGAAUGGUUUAUUUACCACCGUCUCAAUCUUCUAACCCUGAGACCGACCGUACAGACUGGGACUCAGAUGAUGAGGUAGACGGACUGGCAGACCAAGACCCUCUGGACAUCACCUGGGUACAGAUACUGGAAUUCCGUGUAGCUGUGUGCUCAUUACCAGGUGAUCGACAUAGUGGCGUUAGGAGGAGUCUAGUUGCAGAUAUGGAAACGCUGAGGAAGAAUGGAGUGACUGACAUUUUUGUACUCUGCACUGAUACUGAGCUCCGUCGCUGCAAAGUUCCUGGUCUUGUGGUGGACUAUUUGCAGAAGGGCUUUGCUUCCCAUCACUACCCCAUGGCUGCAGACCAGCAUCCAGACAUGAAGCUCUGUCUCAAGCUACUGCAAGACAUCAAAUCUUGUUUGAUGAAGGGCAAAAAACCUGUGAUUCAUUGUGUUGACGGCCUGGGUCAGUCCUGUCUUGUUUUAGCAGCUCUCUGUAUGAUGUUAAACCCCCCUCUCCCACCUACGAUGGCCAUAGCGCACAUCCAACAAACCAGGGGACCUGCUGCCAUCCAAACUAUUAAGCAAUACAACUUUGUGAUGGAUUUUCAAAAGAACCUUGCAGAGUUUGUUCGAAGUCAUCCGUUUCCUUCGGAACAGUCAAGCACUAUUUUUUAACCUUAUCCGUCAAUUUGUGCCAUUAGCAUAAAUGUUCCCCAUUACAUGUGUAUCUUUUUGUGAUAGCAAUGUCUAGAAGCUUUUUGUCUAUAAUGUGGUAAUCAUCUUAUCCCAUAUCUGUCAAUUUCCACUUUGUUGUGGUAAAAUA